CAGUUUCUUGCGCAGUCCGUUCGAGGUGGUGGUGCCGUAUAUCACCUUUCCUGCAAGCAUCCGUGUGCACAUCAAUGCCAUUCCUCUCUGCUCGCAUUCGUACCCUUGCUUUGGCUCACCUCCUGGCCGUGGGCGUCACGCACCACGAUGGAUGGCGUUGUGCGUAGUCUGAUGACCCAACCAACACAGACACAGUUUUAUUCUCCUUCCGCUCUCUCCCUCUCGACCUGUUCCGAACCUCAUGACGACGACCGUUGACCUGUCGGGGAUCAAGGGCUGGCGGGGACGCUCUCUCUCGCGGUGCUUGUGUGCCAGGUUAUCGACGCUCGCCCUUAAGGCCUUCUUGCCGCGCGAAGCUCUUUCUGUUACGACCGAGGUCGCCUCCAUACACCCACCCAGUCCUCCACCUGCAUGCAGGCAGGGAGUCAGCCAGACAGACAGACAGACAAACAUAAGAUGGAUGGAUGGAUGAAUGUGUGUAUGUGUGUCUGUGUGUGUUGCUUUUGGUAUCGCCUGAAAGGAGGUGAAGUCAACACAUAUGAAGAUCGUUCAGGGGUCGAAUCGUGCCCUCACUGCUAGUCAUGAAUCGCUCUGCUACGAGGGACCUUGGCCAUGCGUGGCUGCAGAGAUCGAUCACCUGCAAGACCACUGACAGACAGACAGACAGGCAGACAGACAGGCAGGUAGGCGGGAAGAACGACGAGGGUGGCAUGCGUGGAUGUGUGCGUGCGUGAUACCUCCUGCCUGUUGCUUCAUGCGCACGAUGGACAUGAACAGGUGGUCUGCGUGGGAGAGAUCGACACACAGGGAGGGUUUCAUUGGUUGCGGUGUUUCCCGUGCUUUCCUUCCCUGACCAUUUCCGUGGAUUUCCUGUCGUUUCUGGAGCAAUGUGCCCUGAUGCGUUCGAAGCCAGUGGAAAAAAAGGGCGAGAUGCGAGCUCUAGCUCGCAAUGGGUGUCCCCAUAGAUUUGGGUACGUGGGGAUGGGGAUGGGGGUGGGGGCGUGGGGAUGGGGUAGAGUACGCCCGGAAAUCAUGCUUGAAGAUGCCUGGUCCGCCGGAACGUAGCGCCGGGCUUAGGGACAGGUGCCUCGUCAAACCCUUAACCGACCGACCGAGUGACUCAGAUACACUUCAAGGAUGUGAGCGGUUAUACACCCUUAGAGUAUUAGACACUCUUUACCUCACUAGCCUGUAUGUGUAGUGGAGAAACGAUGUUGUGGAGAGACGACAAAAGAGCAGAGAGAGCUGCAACGAUGUGAAGGAAUGCAGUGGAGAGACGCCAGAUCACUAUGGAGAGGGCGGGAGAAGUCGGAGAGACGGCUUCGUAGUGCCCUUUCUCACCGUUGUUUCUGCCUCCGCCUGCGAUAGCUGUUUGUUUGGCUACUGAGACGGCAUUGGGGCUCAUGAAGCGACCCUAGUCCAAAACCGAAUCCCGAGACUGCGCAGAACUUGUCGGGUCUUAUGAACAUCAUGUGAGUUUCACGGUAAAGCCGCUUAUGAUUUCCUGGAAAUCAUAAGACGAAACAGAAAACAUUUGUUCACACGCGAGCAAUUCAAGCAUGUCAAUGUCUCUGUGCACAACAGCCUGCAGAAGGCCUUAUAUUCGUCGACUUAUCGGUUCAUAGGACGGGAAACCCCAAUUUCUCCAAGCAAAGCCAUCCUAGCAUGCCACCUCCACUAGAUAGUCGGAAAGUUAGAUAAGCUGACUACUUAGCUUUUCUAACUCGUCAUCCAUCUGUGUCGUCCCCCUUCUCUCCCCCUUUCCCUUCCCUUUUCCUCUCCCAAACCCCUACAGUCUCACCGCCUACAGAAACUGAAAACCGAGGCGCCAGGUUGCGAGAUGGGAAAGAGCGGUGUCCGUGAAAGAAGAAGUUUGAGGAGAAAGAGAAGUGCUUCGCGCGUGAUGAAAAUGGACAUUGAAUGCACAGUCGCAUACGCCAUAAUACACAGCCUCACUGAUCCACGUCCAACAAUGAAAGAACAUUUGACGGACAGAAGUGUUUAUGGAUGUCGAUCAACGCAUGGAACGGCCUGUGGCAGUCUUGCCAGCCAGCCAGCCAGCCAGCCAGCUCGAAAGCAGUGGCCACCCGUUGACCAUCCAUAGCGAUACAGGAGCGAUGUGCCUAUCUACGGCUCUGCAAAGGCAAGCGAUGAAAUGCGUGGUCAAUAGCAUGCUCCAGGCGCUCGCAAGUAAGUUCGUUAAUUGCUGUUUCGCUGAUUGCAGGGUUCACUUGAUGAGGACACGACUCGCAGCCGCCUGAGUAAAGUCCUGCUCGCUUGGAAGACCGGCGAUGCCUGGUCUUGCAGGAGUGAAUCAGACGCUUUCCUCGACGCGCAAGCCUCACCUUCUCUUCGAAAGCCAUCUGCAGAGUUGUCGUGUCAAUGUACGGGCAAACAGGGAAAGGCAGACAUAACGUCUUCAUACGAAAUGAGAGACAGACUGUGCAAGGGAACAGCGGUUUCGAGUGGUGUGAACAGGAGGAGCAACGGCAUCAGCAACGGCCUCUUGCGCGGACACUGCUUCUGGCGCCCUGGCACGCCUCGGCUGCGCCGCGCUCGGCGGCCAGGGCGCUCGCUCAUUUCGUUCUGCUGUGCAUGGCAUGAAUAUGACCUUCCUAAAGAACCCACAGUGCACACGUUGUUCGCGAAUGUGCUGUGUCUCUGAUUGUGAUUGUGAGUCGAACACACCUCGUGUUCGCCGGCUUGAAGUGGAAGUCAGUUGCUUGCCUUGAGCUCAUCAGUCUCGCUCGAAGAUUGCCGUCGCAGAAAAGGUCUCUCUCACACACGAACCUUCCCAGAGUGAGGAUGAGGUAGUUGAGAUAUAGAUGAGGACUUGCAGAACGCUGGCCGAGCUUUAUCAACGUGUGCGGGCGGCAGUCGACGAAUUGGCGAAACUAUCUGUCAUGGCCUUGGCUUGGCUGACGCAAGCCCUAUAUGAGCGUCGCAGACGCCGUCGAGAUGAGUGAGGGUUGAGAUGAGCGAUUGCCGGACCGGGUGCUUCGCGACAGCGUGCGAUGGGCGUCAGCUGCGAUGUGCUGCAGGUAGGGGUGCUGAAACUCCACGAGGUACGAUUCGCGCCGUCCGGCAAGAGGCUGGUAGUGUCUCAUCACGGUGAGAUAGCUGGCAUCAGCUGUAUAAGCGCGAUGUCGAAGAGAUUGAUGGAUAGAAGUGCUUGUUCUCGGCUCGAUUGACUGACGCGACUCGAAAAGCUUUCCUCAUAUGGCCACCGGUGCCAGGGGAUAGUGGCAGCCCAGGGGAUAGAGCUCGAAUUAGCCUGAUCUGGUGGGUCCCUCCUACAGACUCAUCAACGGCGUAUCACACUAAAGACUCAUCACUAGGGUAUCCCACCGAUGAGUCCCUGCUGCGGGAUUGACCUGAUUAGCAAUUCAUGCUAUGUACAAUGACGGUAUGAAUGUUUCUGCGUCUCACCAGUCAGUAGACUUUCAGCAACGACAGCUGAUAUGAUAGCGGCAUCUUCUGUCUCUCAAACUUUGCCUCCUCUCUUCGCGACAUGGCGGACCCGAACACUCUCGAGCGUAACACUUAAUUUCCCCACUCUUCCUCGCCCGCCGCGUAUCUGGUGCAGUAAGUACUUUUGGUUAAUGGCGGAUGGAAAUUUAGUAGAUAUAUAUUUGUCUGUUUGGUUGUCUGUCUAUGUGUAUCUCUCUCUCUCUCUCUGUGUGUGUGUGUGGAUGAAGAUAUAUGUGUCUCUGUCUCUGUUGUCUCUAUCUUCACCUGUUUGACUGAAGGUGAGUAUCUCUUGAAAUAAGACGUCGUUCAAGUUCAUCUCGAGCAGUCGUGUAAGGUUGAGCAGUCACGGUGGAAUUCGGUCCUACCUCCACUUGUCAGUACAUAAACGUACUCGUCUGUGAUACGAUUGGGUGGCACUCGGCAGACCAAUCUGCCCGGAUCGUCUUUGCUCUAGUGGCACUGCUUUUCCACCUUCGCAGGGUCUUGAUCAGUUCAAGCUCUUGAAUCUGUCGCACAGCUAUUGCUCGUAAUGGGGUCGCUUCAAUAGAUGGUUUCUGGAUUGAUAUGCACUCACUGUCCCGCUAUGGGACUCUUGUGCCUGCAUGCAUAUCACGCAAAUGUCUGCAUAAAGGCGGUCAGCGCUUUUAUUCCAUUCUGGUACUCAUAUUUGAACCACACUGCUGUCAAUUCGCAAAUUGGCGGUCGACAAUGUUUCGAUUCAGUCGAGUGUGGCUUGCAAUGAUAUGAACAUGUACAACUGGAUGGUCAAAUUUAUCCCCUCCGUAUCUCUGUCUGUAAGUACAAGCAUAACCAAUACAGCGCGACUAAAACUUACAUGCUGCCUUCUUGUAUAUGUUGAUUUGCUUGGCUGACCAUGAUCGUCAGAAAGCGUACGGUGACAUCACUCUCGUUGAAGCACGUCACGGCUUUAUUGACGUUUUGGACGUUUUGGCGAAAGUCUGUCAUAUCGAAGUUGAAGCUGAACUGUCCGAGCAUCACUCCUAUACGCUUCACACCAGUGAAUGACGUGGGGAGCUGCGAAAUAUAUUCCUUACAACGCUGCAGUAUCAAAGAUAAAUGUGUGCGCACUGUGCGGUUCAUAUGACAGGCUCUGAGCAACUAAUACGACAGGCGGGCAACCUGAUUGUAAAGUCGAAUGUACUUCUAUAGAAGACACCACACAAUGACUGAAAAAGAGAGCGCCGAGUUUCAUAUAGAAGAAUAUGCAUGGAAGCAUAGCCCUAUGCCAGACCAGAAACAUAAGGCAUUACACAUGCAGAGACACACAUUGAAUGAACAGGACAUGGAGUUGAGAGUAUGUUGUUUGUGUAUUCAUCUGAAAACAGCACUCUCUGAGUAUGCCCACCGUGCCUCGUAUGUUCGAAUUGAGCAUGGACUGGCUGAAAUUCAGUGUCGACCCCUUUUUGACCUUGCUCUCGACAAAGAAGCUCAGCGGCCAUCCGAGACCUGCCCGAUUAGAGAACGAAGCCGUUGCAGAGCCGUUGUCGUCCACCAUUUGCUCCAACCUAUCGCUGCAGCGCUCGAUAUGGGGUGCCAUGUUUUGCCUCCUUCCGUGGUCGCUUUUUGGCUGUCUGUCAACUGCUGGUCCGCCACUCUUUUCUUUGUGCUCAAACAGCGUUUCCCCUUUCCAGUGUGAGCUGGAGCCGGUCCGCCCGAAGCAGUCAGUGUAUGGGAGCAUAGGAGGCUGACAUGUCGCUUCUUGCGACCUCGUCUUCCUCACGUUUAGCCGUUUCACGCGCUGAUUCACGUCGUGAUCAGCAUCAAAUAACACCACCGUCACUCGCAUCAUCGUCCUCGCUUUCAAUGAUAUGCUGAUACACAAUGCCUGCAAAUUGCCAUCAUGACACACCGCUCUUUGCAAUGGAGAGUCUGGC